ACCGUUGGACGAGCUUCUGCAUUUGGUCGUACCGUGUCGUGGCUGCGAGUUGUUGCGAAAGAGUUCGUUGGCGUUUUCUUAAGAGGUUCCUUCUCCAAAGAAAGUUUUCCCUGUGUGUGCUUAAGGUGCAAGUGCAACAGUUUCAGUGCUUGGUACGUGCGUGCAGCGAGCCAGAACCAUAGUGUGAGGGGUAACGGAUUAAGGAUCCAGCCAAAAGCAGCGUGCUCAGACUUCCACGGAGGUAACAGUAAUCAUCCUGUUUGGGACCAUUCGCUUGAAAGCAUAAAACAACACCAAAAAUGGCCGCCAUCUCGGAAUUCCGCAAGAAGAAGCUGCUGUACGUGUUCCACGUGUUCUUUGACAUCAACCAGAGCGGUGAAAUUGACCGCAAGGACUUCGAGCUUGCAAUCAUGAAAAUCUGCGAACUGCGCGGCUGGCCGGUGGGAAACGCCAAGAACAAGGAAACCCACGACUCGAUGUUCAAAAUUUGGGACGGCCUGCGGACGAAGGCCGACUCCGAUAACGACGGUCAGAUUUCGGUUGACGAGUGGUGCAACAUGUGGGACGCGUACGCCAAGAACCCCAACUCCGUCCUUGACUGGCAAGUGAGAUACAUGAACUUUAUGUUCGAUCUGGAGGACGCCUCGAACGACGGCACCAUCGACGCGGACGAGUUCUCGACGGUCUACUCGAGCUACGGCGUCGACAAGAACGAGUGCCAGGUGGCCUUCAAGAAGAUGUCCAAGGGUGCCACCGAGGUCAACCGGGACCAGUUUGCCGUGCUGUGGCGCGAGUACUUCUCGUCGGACGAUCCGGCCGCGCCCGGAAACUUCAUCUUUGGCAAGACCACCUUCUAACGUGCUGGUCCAAGAUGGCAGCAGCAGCAGCUUAAGUGAUUGGAAAGGAGGUGCUUCCCCCGCAUGCACCAAAUCGCACACAUAGCUCAUCAUCGAAAGGCAUUUAGCAAAUUUUGAAACAGUUUGAUAAUCGAGUCAAGAAUACCAAAAAUUUAAGAAUUAUAAGAAAAAAACGCACCAAGCGUCACCAUUUUUGCGAAGAAAAUAAAACAAAAAAAUAUAAAGUAAUAAUUGUCCCGCGGAGGAUCUGCUCCCGUUUCCUGCCAAUUCUACUUUCUGGAGUAAACAAACAAAUUAAAAUCAAUUCUACAAUAAUGUAUUGACUGUUAGUACUCAGUAGCUGUAUAUUUUAAAAAUAAUUUGCUACAUAAAUUUAAACUAUCUUAAUAAAAAAAGACAUCUAGUGCAGUCAUUUGUGAUGAGAUAUGUAGCAUAUGAACCCUCUUUGCUUCCAUAAUGUAGUUAGUGCGAACAUGCUUAGGUCGUUGUUUAUGUUUUUCGUUUAUAUCGUUUAAUGGUCAUCCCAGUCUUUGAAUUUUAAAACAGAUGUUUAACAAAAGCAGAACAAGAUUUAAGAUGUCAUCGCUAUAAUAAACGUGUGUAUCGAA